AUGGAUCCAAUAGAUUCCGGGCUUUUGUGUACGCCGCCUUCCCUGCCACUUUCUGAGAAUGGACAUACUUCUAUUGCCAAAAUCACCUCUGUCAUGUGUGAACUGAGCAAGACCAGAGGUGUUGUCAUUGUGCUUCUGAUGGGAGUGGACAGUAAUAAGACUUGCAGGCAGUUACCAUGUGUGCUCUCAGGGCUGAUUGCUGAUCUGGAUGCUUUAGAUGUGUGUGGGCAUACAGAAAAGAACUAUUGGAGGGAAGUAGUUGAAGAUAAAAAAUUACUGAAAUAUUUGCAUUUAGAAGAGGAAGCUGAUAUUACUCACACAUUUGACCUGAGAGGGAAUCAUUCUAUUUUGAAUACAGAAAAAGUCCUCAAGAGGAUGAGAGAAAUAAAAAAUGAAUUUCUUCAAGCUCAAAACCCUCCUGAAUUGUACCUGAGCUCAAAGACAGAACUACAGGCUUUGACUGGACAGUUGGAUGAAGUAAGACUUGAAAGAAACCCAUGCAUUCAGAAAGCCAGAAGAGCUGUGAUUGAAGUGCAAACCUUGAUCUCUUACAUCAACCUGAAAGAGGCCCUGGAGAAAAGGAAGUAGUUCAGGGACCAGGGAUUUAGCUCAGUGGUUCUGCCAUUUGCCUCGAAAAUGCAAGGUCCCUGAGUUCAAUCCCCAGUACCAAAAAAAAAAAAAAAGAACUACAUCCAGCUGGAGGAGCUGCUGACUAAGCAGUUGUUGGCCCUGGAUGCCCUGAAUCCAAUCCAGGGAAAGGAGAAAUGUAAGGCUACCAGGAAACAGGCCGUGAAGCUUGCCCAGAACAUCCUCAGCUAUCCUGACCUGAAAUCCGAAGACUGGGACUUCAAAGACACAGCACAAACUCAAGCAAGAUAG